GGGGGAGCACACAUGUUUGGUGAGAAAGGGGGCGUGACUGUCACUUCCACGGGUUACAUAAAAGCUGAUAUGUGGGUCUGAAGUGUAUGUCCAUGCUGCUGUGAGAGAACUGCCUGUGCAGACUGACCAUCAGAGACGAGUCUAAAACAGCUUCAUUUAUCAACAGGUAAGAAUAAAGCUGCACAGGUGUGUGUUUAAUAACAGAGAGCGGUUCAUGCCCUGCAGGCUGCUGCAGCUCCCUGAGGGAAAUACUGCAACUUUCACAGCUGAUGUUUAUCUUACACGACGAUAAUAUGAAUAUUUGAGAAAAGUAGUGUUUUUGUUGUGUUGAUAUUGGAGGAUUGUUGAUGUGUAAUGGUAUUUAUUGAUGCCCAGGCAGCGCAGGCAGACUGCACAGAAAGAUGGCGGCUUCCCUGUUGAGGAUAGGACGACUGGGUUGUCUCAAGGUAAAGCAAACUCAAGCGUCAACUUCUCAGUUUUAACGCUUUAUUUUUAUGUGCUAUAAAUGUACAUAUAUCAAUCUGUAAAUCCUAAUAGUUUGGGUUGGGUAUCCUGCUGUUUUCUGCACUUUUUCAGCAGCCUCAUGGCAGGGCUAUUGUUGCCCUGCAGUCAGUAAUCCUCAUGCUCAGCUGUUAAACGGGGUUUUUCUUAAUUAAAUCAUGCGCAGUACACUCCUUUGGAAUAUAGAUAGUUCUGUGCAAACUAAUAUAAAUGCACACUGUGUAAGUAUGAAGUUUUAACGCAGACACAUAUAGGCCUGGCAGCUGAAGCUCCUUGACUCUGUAAGUGUUCAGUGAGUGCUGACCGACAUGGGAGGUGUGGUGAAUCUUUAACAUGGAGCUAUAGGUUGUGUGUGCAUGUUUGUGCAAGGUUAGAGGGCCCCCACCAGUAUGAAGGCAGUAGUUAGACUGGAAGUCGUCCAUGCACACACAUGUGAAUAGUUCCCCUGUGAAUAAAGAAGACUCUUAAAUUAAAUUUAAGGCGUCAUUAUGAACAUAAAAGCAGAUUUUACUAUGCGACUUGUCCUAGUUAACAUAUUUUAAUGUCUAAUCCAAACUGAGGAUGAUCGGUAAGCAGUCUGUGAUCUCCGUGGGAUAUUCCUUAGGGGCAUGAAACCUCAUAAAUAAUCAUUACGCCUGAAUUAUCUAAUGUGCUCUUUAUGCUGUUAUUGAUUUGAUAUGACAUCCAAUGCCAAGCAUGCUCAGUUUUGCUUUUUCAAAACACUGUCAGGCAUUGUUGAGACUUGGGAGGUGUGAGGAGAACUGGCUGCAAUCUGCACCCUCAACACUGGAUGUCACCAAAACUUUAAACACUUCUUACAAAUCAAACAAGAGGAAAACGAGGCUUAGUUUAGAGUCGUUUUCUCCCUGUUGUAGUGACUUUGCGGACCUGAAUUUUAGUCACUGUCUGGGUGCGGGAGUGAGGUGUUUUUGACAUGUUUCUAAUACAGUUCAAUGUCCAGUCCAAGGUUAUUGUUGAAUUAUAUUUUUGCCAUUUAUUGAUUACAUGAAAAACAAACAAAAAAAGACGGAUACGUCCAACUUACGACGAUGGUGUUGUACGCAAUGAGGGUGAGAGUGGUGUCGGAGAUUAGCGGUAAAACCGCGUUCUCUUCCCGUUCCCCAGAUCACUGCUUUACCUGCAUUUACCUGCCCAUCCACCUGAACAAAACCCAAAAAAUAAUAUAGAUAAAAUGGCUCAUACACCCAUUACAUUCUGUUUGGGGGUUUAAAUUGUGCAUUUUGACACUGAUCUGCUGAAUAAUGUGAGUUCUUGUUUGUGCGUGUGUCUUCAGUGUUUGCAGGCUGAGAGCUGGAGUAGUCUGUGCAGGGCGCCCGCUGCAGCUGCAGCUUUUAGCACAAAAUCCGGAGGUUCCAAGAAGUCCUCAAAGAAGAGCUCAGGUAAAAUCUCUUAGAAACAGGACUCCCAUCAUGACAUGUGCCAAACAUAUCAGCUUUUAUAUUAAACUCUUUCUGUUGAAACUGUGGUACAAGUGGAUAACCUGAAAAAACUUUUGUAUCAUGUAUAAAUGGCCAAACUUAAAUCCUUUCAUACAGGAUCAUGUCUAUCAUUCAUCCUAACACAAACCUUUAACCUGUCAUUAUACAAUCCAGAACCCCAGUCUCCGAUAUCAAAGUUCGGUCAUACAAUAGCAGGCUGAGCUUUUGUUUGACAUUUUAAAGUCUGUUUUACUGCUGGAAAUACAAAAGCUAAGAGUGAGAGUCCUAUGGAAAUAUAUCCACCACACUUUGGUGAAACAACAGCUCCUAAAGGUCAGGGUUGAGUUGUGUAAAUAUGAGGCUCCUUUAACCCUAAUGGGACCAGCAGCUGAUGGAUUAUCGGUCCAUAUGAAGGAUAUUUGUGUUUUUGUUUAGCCGUUAAAAAGGGGUUAUUGUAAAACUGAUGUUUGCAGGUUAUGAUGAUUAUUAUAGAUUCUCAUUAUUUGUUCUUAAUUGCUGCUUGUACCACAGUCCAUCUGUCCACUUGUUUCCCUCCUGCAGUCAUGAAGGCCCUAAUAGAUGGCCCAAGAGCUGCUGGUACUGUGCUUCGGGUCUCUCUGACCAUAAAUUUAACUUUUAAACUCGAUACAAACUUCUUAAUGUGUGACAGUACCGUUUGUUUACAGUUUUUCUUUAACCCUUUUGUGAUUUUAUGUUUUAUAAAAUUUCCUGCUGUGAAUUCAUAGACCUCUGUGAUAUUUUUUAUUUCUCCAGUGACUAAGUGAAUGCAAAAGAUAUUUCUUAAUGUUCUGUGAAAAAUGUUGGAAAUUUUGGGGUAAACAGUAAAAAGUACACCUAAUACACAUGUUGGAGGAAAUAAUGUAUCUUGUCUGCUUGCACUCCUCCUUUUGUCCUAGACAAACAGGCUAAAACAUACUUCGAUAUAGAGAAACUUGUCCAGCACAAGACAUAUGAUAAUCCCCAAAAGGAUCUUUCUCCAGCAUUCGCCGCUGCAGCAGCUGCAGAAGCUGCAGCCAAACCUGUUGCAGAGCGGAUACCUGAGGCUGCUGCACCAGCCGUUGAAGCUACGCCUAUCGUCGAGGCUGUCGCUGAAGCCGUACCUGCAGCUGAAGCAGCACCUGUAGUAGAAGCUGUUGCAGAAGCUGCACCUGUGGUUGAAGCUGUCGCUGAAGCUGCACCUGUGGUUGAAGCUGUCGCAGAAGCUGCACCUGUGGUUGAAGCUGUCGCUGAAGCUGCACCUGUAGUAGAAGCUGUUGCAGAAGCUGCACCGGUUGUCGAAGCUGUUGCAGAAGCUGCGCCUGCAGUGGAAGCCGUCGCAGAAGCUGCACCUGUUGUAGAGGCUGUCGCAGAAGCUGCGCCUGUGGUUGAAGCUGUCGCAGAAGCAGCACCAGUUGUGGAAGCCGUUGCAGAAGCAGCACCUGUGGAAGAAGCAACACCAGUUGUCGAAGCAGUUGCAGAAGCAGCACCUGUGGUAGAAGCUGUCGCAGAAGCUGCACCUGUAGUAGAGGCUGUCGCAGAAGCAGCACCAGUUGUUGAAGCUGUGGCCGAAGCAGCACCCGCAGUGGAAGCCGUUGCAGAAGUGGUGGCAGAAGCCGUGGCAGAAGCUGCACCUGUGGUAGAAGCUGUUGCAGAAGCCGUUGCCGAAGCCAUACCGGUGGUUGCAGAAGUUGUCGCAGAAGCUGCACCUGUGGUCGAGGUUGUCGCCGAAGCUGCAGCAGCAGUAGCCGAAGUUGCUGCUGAAGCCGCUGCACCUGUCGAAGAAGCUGUGGUGGAAGCAGCAGCAGCCCCUGAAGCUCCCACAGAACCUGCUGCUGAAGCAGCUCCUGAGGUUCCUGCUGCUGAAGCUGCUGUUGAAGCUGCACCUGCUGCUGAAGUCCCUGUUGUUGAAGCUGCUCCUGAAGCCCCUGCUGCUGCCGAGCCUGUCGCUGAAGCUCCUGUGGAAGCCGCCGAGGCCCUAGUCGAGCCGGUUGAACCGUUUCAGGGUACACACCACAAACCUCCCCCUCCCCCACAAUCCUCCUCUUUUCCUCUGUGGACCCUGCAGUCUACCAGCAGUCAUUCUCAUCACCACCUAAAGAGUAAACCUUGUAGCCGUUUGUGAUGAUGUUAAGGAUAAACUGUAAAGAUACCGGACAUCACAAACACACUUCUUUGGUUCUAGCCCUCUCACAGCUGAUUCCUCUAUAGCUGUUUGGUAUUGAUUAUGUCCCAUCACUUUGAAAACAGUUUUUCCUUUUCAUUCCCUGUCCACCAUUAAACACCACUGCACCAUGUCACUGGGCCACCUCUCCUGUAGUUAUUGUCCUGUUUGUUUGUGUUGUUUCAGCCAUCCUGUGUACCAUGCAUGAACUAACUGUGCUGCAUUACACCUUUUUGAUAUUUUUGUUUUUAUUUUUUGUUCGGGGACAUUUUUCUGCUUUUGUUUUUCUCUCACUAAUACCUGCCUGCCAUUGCACUUAUUUCUUUUGUUUCUUAGAGGUUUUUUUUGCACCUUCCUGCGUACUGUAUGUCGGCUCAGUUUGCUCUUCCCACUUUAUUUCUAAUGUUUUAUUUGCUUGUAGGACUCUCAGUUUCAUCCCCGCUCUUUUUCCCAACAUGAUACAAAAAAAAAAACUCUUGUUAGUGACCCUCUCUUGGUGUUGUGUUGUGGUUUUUAUUGAACCGGUUGUUUUGAUUUUGUAUUUGUGAUUGUUAAAGAUAAUGUUAACGGUACUGUGUUUACUGAUAAAGGAGAAUUUAAAGGUUGUAGAUUUGUCAUAUUUAUUAUUUUUUGUUCUUAACCUCCUUCCUCCUCCCUCAUUUUUCUCUCACCGUAACAGUAAUGUGUGACUCCUCCUUACAUGGGUGAUGGGCCUGUUGUUGAGUGUACUGGUUAAUGGAUAAUGUGUAAAUGUGAACUUCAUGGUAAAAGUUGUCGGUUCUAAUCCCCGGUUGCUGUGUGUGGAAUCAAAGUCAAAGAACUCGAUUGUUUCUUGGACUUUUCGGAAGUUUUAACGUCGUGUUUGACUUUUGUACAGCAGUUUUGUCAAUCUUUGGUCCAGCAUGACUCUAUCACAGCAACCUUUUAACCUUUAACUGACCUGACCUUUCACUCGUUCUUUCUUUUGCCUGUAGCCGGCUAUUCUUUCUAGCACUCCCAAGUCUUAUGUGCAUGAGGGGUUACUCUUAAACCUGGAUGGUUCUUGUUUGCUCCGUCCAAAUGGACGAUGGUGUCUCAGUAUGUGGUCCUGGUUUCUAAGGAUUUACCUGUGAGGUGAUAUUAAUUUUGUUUUUGUCUCUCCCUCUGACUCUCAGCUCAAAUGGACCCGAUUCAAAAACUCUUCUUGGACUCUAUACGUGACUACUCCUCAAAAAGCCAGUAAGUCUCUCGGCCUGCAGAUUUUGAAAAGGCAUCACUAUAAAUUGUUCAUAAAUGUGAAAAUAUUCCUUUUAGGAUCAUCACAGAAUAGUCGUUCCAGUCUGGUUUUUUUCAGACCCUACAGCCAGUCUGUUUUACAUUUUAGUAGUUCAGGCUUCAUUUCCUCCAGAGAAUAGUUUGCAUUUCAAAAUAAUCGACAUGUGCUCUCGAAAGGCAGAUGUCCUCAUCAUCUUUUCUAGACAACUGCAUAUAAAAUCUAAUGCAAUUUAUUGUUUAGUUUAUUUGUUUAUUCGAACAAGUGAAAAGAAAAACAAAAUAAAUACAGUAUACAAUGCACUUUUCAACAUAGAUAAUCCUACUUUGUUCGAAAGGAUGUAGAGUGAAGUUGAUAAAACUUAUGUAGUCCUACCCCUUUUGUUACUGUAAUUUAAUCAAUCAGAGCAUGUGCAGGAAUAACAGCACAGAAGAUAUAAAUUCAUGUUUCAGUUUCUCUCUUAUAUCCACUCAGAAUGUGGUUUAUAAAAAUAAGUUUGAACUUGGCGAUCUGCAGGUUUUCAUUCUUUGCUGCAGCUGUUCCUCAGAUCAACUCCUUGUACUGAUAAACGGUCAUUAUUGGCUGCUUAAUGCAGGUUAAUACUGUCUCUGACAUCAACAUAAGUCAUGUUAUGAAACCUGUAGGAUAACUAACUGUAAUUUUCUACAACAUGAAUAGAUAGAAGAUCCAUGUAAACCAUGUUCUUGGCCGAGGAACCAUGUGGUUUAGAUUGAUACCCUGAAAUAUUUAACUUUCAUCAUUGUGGUGUUCAGACUAUAUGACUGUGUAGAUCUUUGUCUGAUUAGAUGUAUUUUAGAGAUUUGUUUGCAAAUAAGAUUAACCCGGUGACAAAAUGAAACAGGACUGUUCACAUGAUGCACCUUCUUCUUAAUCCUGUAGGACCACUGGGGGUCUGGUGGAUGCAGGUGCAGAGUACGAGAAGGCCCUGGCAGAGGAGAUAACAAAGCUUCAGAGACUCUACGGUGGUGGAGACAUGUCAUCCUUCCCCGAGUUCAAGUUCACAGGUGAGCUACAUAAAUAAACCGCAAAUCAACAUUGUCAGAUUUUUGUGAACUAAACAAGAAAAAUAUCUAAAGUACUCGAUGUUCAAACUGUCUACACCUUUUGUUUAGUUUCUCCUUGACUGAGUCAGCUGCUCUUCUUUGUGUCUCUCAGAGCCCAAGUUUGAUGAAGUCGCCCAGAAGUGAACACCAGCACUUUGCAAAUAAACUUUUCUACUGUCGCCUCUCUGCCUGUACAUCUGUGCUCCAUAGUGGACCAUCAACAGUCUGCUUCAUGUCAGAACCCGGCCUCCAGCUUUGUUUGUGAGAACGUAGAGCCUUUGCAGUAGCUAGAUAUUUUAUGGUAAUGUACUCGAAAGGGAUUGGUGUACAUUUUUGCAAGACAAGGGAAAUCAUUGGCUGUGAAAUAAGCUUCGUGUGUUGAGCUGAAUGUAAAGGAAAAUAAAUAAUAUCAGGUCGUAUCCUGUCAUUUGCACUUUUUUUUGCCUCUGUCAGUAAAACUCAGACAUCUAUAUUAAAGUUUAGCGCUAUCUGUUUACACCGUCUGGUGAGAUUGUGCAGACCACCUUGUCAAGAGUGGAAAAAGUCACUCUAAAUAUACAAGCUUUAUAUCAAAUGCAUGACAGCUGAGAAACGAGCUGUCGUCUUACCAAGAUUACUCAUCUCAAUUCUAGCCAAAUAAUCUCAUUUUCCUAAUUUAUGAUAUAACCUGAUAAAUCCAAACUCAACCCUACUAACCUCUUCAACCCUUGAACACUAUCACUAAAAUUAGUAACUCCAUCACUAUCAGCGGGUGAUUUUUUUACCCGAAAUGAAAUACCCAAGAAAAAGUCCUUGUAACCAUAACCACUGCACUAAAUAAAGAUGGCAUGUAAAUUCCAGGACCACUCUUACUGACCUUAUUCCCUACAUGCAGCUAUCAAAUCCACCCAAACCUACUUUACCCUCUAAAAUCACCCUGUGAACACGAGUCUGUAGGAAAAAGCAGGUUUUGGAUCAGGGAAACAAAUAUGCCUUUAAAGAUGUCAAAGGAAAUGCUGAAGAUACCCAGAGACCCGUGAUACUCAGACAAACACAACAUCAUGAAAAUCACGUAAACAUGUUUGGUCGGGUGAAAAUCUGUCGUGUUCUAGUCGGUGUUCUAGGGCUAAAUGCUGUUUUACAUUUGAGAACUUUUCUAUUGAAGAAAAUGUAAAAUAAAGACAGCGACACUUUUCAAUAAUUGAACAAAACUAAAACUGUCUCUACAGGAUAUUUAGACCAGAUUCAAUAAAUCUGAGUUUUUGUUCUGGAGCCAGACUUGUUCUAAUGUGGUCUAAACUGUAAGGUCAGAAAAAAAAGUGGAAUCUUCCUUUUUGCAUUUCUUUAAAUAGAAUAAGUAAAUUAUAAAUGAAAGCUUGUUAUCAUCACUAAAAACAAUCUCUUUAAGAUCUGAAAAGUCACUAAAUUGUGGUUCUGGAUCAGGACCCUCUCCAAACCAGCAGAAUUAGAAGCUGACCUCAACAUUAUUAAGACUAAACAUGAGGUAAUUUUGGAUUUAUAAAACUUUAGAGAACAUCUUCUCCUGGGUGAACCUUUUUUCUCAUUUCCAAGUUGUGAUGACUCUAAUGUUUUUAUAUUAUUGAUAUUCAUAUAUUUAGAUAUAACAAUAAUAAUACAUUUUAUAUAUAUAUUGCGCUUUAAAUCUGCGAAAACAGAUCUCAAAGUGCAUACAAGGCAACUGUAAAAACAACCAAUAAAAAGAACAACAGUCAG